AUGUACGUUGUGGUUUACGUCACUCGUGCUUUAGCAUGGUACCAACAAAUCGUUGAUGCUCUAAUUCCCAAAGAUGCAGCCAUCACACGACCCUGCCUCUGGCAUAACGAUUUGCAUGACGACAACGUCUUCGUAGACCCGCAGAAUCCCGGAGAGAUUACGGGUAUCAUCGACUGGCAGUCUUGUCACAUCUCGCCCCUCUUCAACCACAAUCCCGACCCAGCCUUCCUCGACUGGGAUGGCCUUGAGCCUGAAACGCUGGAUUUGGCACCACGGCCAGACCUCUCCGGGCUUUCGCCUGAGGAACGGUCAGCUGCUGUCCAGGAGUAUUCCAUCCAGAACGUGUUCAUCGCAUGGCGGAAGCUCAUGCAUGCCAAAAACCCCGACUUAUACCGGGUGGUCGAAUUCCGGAGGACAGCAGCAUACGGGCUGAUAUUUCUGGCCCACCGAAUGUUCGAAUACGGCGAGGCGCACUUCCAGUCGCUUCUGGUGGAUCUGAAAGAUACGUGGACGGACCUACCUGCUGUCACCGGCGAUACCCCAUUCCCGUUCGACUUUUCGGAAGCAGAGAUCGAGCGGAUCAAAUUGGAUAGCGAUGGUGCAGUGGCAGGCACCGAGCUUGUGACAGAAGUCAAGGAGAAGAUGGGCGAUCUGUGGCCGGACAAGGGCUUCAUCGAGCACGAGAGAUACAAUGAUUGCAAAGCUGCCCUCGACGAAGUCAAAGGCUUGAUCUUGGAGCAGUUAGCUGAGACUGACGAGGAGAAGGCUGAGUACGAGCGCUAUUGGCCAUUUGGAUAAUUUGUCUAUUGAUUUGAGGAGACGGUAUGGUUGUGCGGAAAGCCUUCUUAUUCAUAUUUGGGUGAUUGGGGGUGGGAAACGCGGCUUUAAAAAACCAACAGAAUGUUUGAAGCUGCUAUUUCUUUCCAUCGGUCUUUCGCUUUCGAACCCAUGAUGAGCGGAUACGGUUAACUAUGGUUGCACAGCUGGGAGUAUUUCUUUGAUCAGUCCUUAUGAACUGGGGAUCCAGGUAUAUA